UUCCAAUUAAACAAAUAGUGAGUAUUUGACUCCAUUUGAAAUGAUGAAACUCCUCGAUCACUAACCUUUCAAAUGUCAACAAAAAUACUUUCUCCCCCUUCUUGAGCAGAUUAUAGUCCAAGUAAAAACAUCCCUAGAACUGCAGCCUUAUUAAAAGCCCAUAUCAAAAAUAAAUUGAACCUAGUCCUAUCCAGCUCAUAUUAAAAACAAAGCCCAACCCAGCCCAACCGGGGAUAUAAGACCGAACAUGUCCCAUGCAGCCAUGCGUAGAUUCACCCAGAGUUGUUGCCACACCUAUAAAUGUAGAGCCCGUUUGGUUACACGAAAAUCAGCUGCUUUGGCUGAUUCUGCUGAAAUUUAUGAAGUUCUGACUGAAGUGACUGCAUUUGCUGUUCUUGCUGAUUUAAGAAAGGAAAAAAUUAAAAUAUAUUUUAUUUAUAAAAUAAAGAAAAAGUUAUAUGUAAAAAUAGCUAGAAUGAUCGUCUACGGUAACUUCAGUCAAUACAGCGCGCUAAAACAAAAGUUACGUGUUUGGUGAAAAAGUCUGAUAAGCCGAAAAACAGGGUUGACAAACCGCUUCUUUGUCAAUCGAAAUUCAAAUUUUAGCAGCGGUUCACUGUCGAUCGGCGCCGUUUAACGAACAACACCGAUUUAUCUUAGGUCAAAUUCAAUGUCAAGUCUUCUGCAAAAGUAGAAAGAAGUUUUGCACGUUUCCCGUACAAAGGCUGCCUGUAUGGAUGGAGUGAGUGUCAAAGCAGUUGAGAAUCAUGAGAGGGAGCCAUGUAAGGAGAAUGUACGAGAGGAGGUUGUGCAUGAUGUUUCAGCUAAGGAUUCCAAGUUAAAGUAUAAACGUGGUUGUGAUCGUGGUCACAUGGCGUGUGUUGAGAACUUUUGGGAGGAGGCCUGGAAAUAUCGUGAUGUGGAUGUCAUUCUAUUUAAUCUUGACCCGGAUAAUGAUGAUCUUUUGGACAAGGAUGAAACUAUGGAGCUGCUCGAGGCCAGUUUAUUGGAAAUGGAAGAGGAGGAAGAAAUGGAGCAGAGAGCAAAACUGACUAAAUGUGGUAGCAGUGAGAAAGUUGAAGUUUAAUACUGUAUGAAUGACUCUACAUUGUCGCUCAAUAAGUUAAGAAUUGUGUUUGAUUGCUUGAAGAAGAGUACUAGUUACUCCACCCGUGCGUUGCACGGGAGUUCAGUAUAUUAUAAUAUUUUAAAUGCAAUUAUAUGGGGAAAAAAGUUUGAGAGUAAUCCAAUAAACUCAAAACAAUAAAUAGAUUACAAAGUAAGAUAUAUGUCAUUAUAAUAGCAAACUAAAAAGGUGUACAUGUAAGCCUGUUACAUGGUAAAAUUCACGUCUCUAAUUUUCACAGCCUAAUCGGGAAGGCCGUAAAAAAAUAUUAGUAUGUAACAUCAACUCGUUGGACUUGUUACUCACGGUACCAUCGCCACAUACCCCUUUUGAUGUGAGACAAGAGGGAGGUGGGAGGAAGCUAUCAAGGUACCAUGAG